GAGGGGACUUUCCACUGACUUCAUUCAUCACACUAAACACUGGUUGGCAGAUGUGCGGAGUAAUGAACGUUUAACAUUAAAAUAACUGCAGCGACAGUAUAAUUCUCUAUAUUCUGUGUGUUUUGCGGUGGGAGGGGAGCAUCUCCGGCAGAAAAUUCAACUGUCAAGUAUGGAGCAGUUCAGCUUGGUCCGAUGUGACAGCCUGGAUACCUCGUCCGGCGGCAGUGACAAGGAACUGACAACGCGCCUUGACCACAAGAGUCUUUAUCCUGAGGUGGAGCCUUCUCCAGCCGAAUUGGCUCAGUGUGAAACUGAAGUGGGCAUGCUGCUCAACAUCAUUGCUGAAGUGAACAAAAAGAUGGGCUCACUGAAGGCACCAAGCAUCCUACCGCCCCUCUGCAGUGAACCAGGUGAUUUGAGACCAGCAAGACCGGCCAGUCCUCUAUUUCCUGACCUGCUUUCACACAGGCUAGUCAGAAGCAUCCCAGAGAAGAAGACUGCCUCUGAUGUCAAAUGUCGACCUUCACUGCCUUACCAAGAUUUUCCUGUAGGGGGCAGUAAUGUGAUGUGGGCACAACUCAAGGGAGCCCUGACUGCUGUGGAGGACUCACUCAACUGCAGACGUUCCUGGGCAACCCCCAUCACAUCCUCUGACCGAGACAAACCCAAAGAACACCUAAGAGCAGCUCAGGACAGCUGGGCCAAGGCUACUAAGAUUUUGGAGGAAAUGGAAAGGGAAUUUGGGAUUUCUUGUCCAACAGAUGUGGCAAGGGAAACAUUCCAGGAGGUAGUCAUGGAAAAGCGUGUCGACUCUCCUCCAGUGCAGGCUCAACUGGGAGAACUGCAGAGAGCGCACAGCAUCCGCCAGGUGGAGGAGGAAGCGAAGAGCAAGCAGGUUGAUCAGCAGAGGACCUGGAGGUCAGCCAUUUGCACUCCUUCAGGCACCACUGCAGACCGGGCCUCCUCGUCCUUUCCGUGUUCUCCUUUGCUUAUGAGAAGAGCUGCCGGAGGCUCGUUAUCUUCAGGAGGUGAUGGCUCCCCUCUGAGCUUUGUUACCUCGGGAAGUCCUUGUUCAAGCCCCAGUGGCCUGGAGACUGAGAUAGAACGACUGAACAGGUACAUUGAGAAGCUGAAGGCCAGGAAUGAGCGUCUGACUGUUGCUUUGGAGCGAAGGAGAGCAGAUUACGAGCAGAUCAGUGUAACAGUCGAGAGACUUGCGGCCGACUGCUCUGCCAUGCAUCUGGCUCUCCGAUAUUGUGAGGAGUGUGAAGAGGCUUACAGUGAACUCUUCUCACUUUACGAUGCUCAAAGGCAACAAAGCAUUCCCCUCCAGACCGACAGAGCAGCAGGAGGCGAUAACAAGCAGCAGCCAGGCAGUCCAGCUCAGACCAGGAAAAUUGCAAGUGAGGAGAUGUCAACCUCCUUCACCGAGGAGAUGGAAACACACACAGUGUGGAGAACUCCUGAACUGAGUGAUCGAGAGGUUGCGCUUCGUCAGCUAAUUGAGCGUCUGAAAGAAGACCGGGCGGCCAUUUGCCUCCCGAAGCCACGUCCACAUCAAGCAGUAGUCAAAAUGAGCCCAGAUGCUUGUUACCCUGCUGGACUGAGAGUGGGACACUUAUCCAAAGAGCCUGCUGAGGGCAAGAGAGAUAAGACGUCUCUGUUCCAUGAGCUGAUCACUACCAGGGAGGAGAUGUCGGAUCUCCGUGCUCAGAUUCGUCUGAAGGAGAAACAGCUGAGGUGUCUGGAGUGGAGUGCGGUGGCCCAAAAAGCCCAGGAAGCAUCUGGAGCACGUGCUCCAGAAAGCCUCCGAGAGGAGCCGCAGGACUGUAAGACUGAACAACAGAGGCUCUGCAAGAAUGCCGAUAAAGUGUGCAGUGAUGGUGACGUGUCUGGGCUCAGGACGAGGCCCAUCUUGAAAGAACUGCAGGCACUACUUCAGAGGGAACAAGCCCUCAAGAGGAGACUGGCGCUUGUUUAUGACUCGCUGAAUGCAGCACUCCCAGACAGCACCUCUACCAGUAGGGAGAGUGAUGAGCACGUGGCACGGAUUGCGCAAGCUCACAGUAAGGCCUUGAGCUCGUACAGACACAUUCGCCGAAAGUACAGGGAGCAGGUGUGGAAGCUGGAGCAGAAACUAGCCGCCAUGACGGAAAACCAACGCGUCCAGAACGAAACGUCGAAAACGGCGGGGGAAGAUUCAGAAUGGAGGAGAGAAGAGACUGUUCUGUGAUCCGAUUACGCGCCGCAGAGCCAAACGAAAGGAACAUUUAAUGUCGUUUCCUUCAAGUCAUGCUUGUAAAGUUUGUGUCUUAUUAAAAAUAUUUCAAACAACCGGCAUGUA